AAUUUAUUUGCGUUAUCUUAAAUAUUGUGCCUCACAAAAAUAACCUCAGCUUUUUAGUUACCCCCAAAUCAAACCUACAAUCCGUAAAUUCUAACGCCAGAAAAAUCCCUCUCUCUCUGCGAUCAAGGCAAACCUCUCCACCGCAGCAAUUGUCAUCAGGAAAGAGGCAAUUUCAGCUCCUAAGCUUCGAUUUCGAAUAGGCUACCAAAUUUUAGUAGAAGAUGGAUGAGUAUCAGGAGAGGGAGAGGUUCGGCAUGGAUAAUGAUUAUGAGGAUGGCCAGUGGAUUGGUGGCGAGUUUUAUGGCAAGCGCAGACAGAAACGUGUGCAGACGAAAGAUGAUGUUCUUUAUGGCGUGUUUGCCUCUGGUGACAGUGACUCCGACGAGGGGUUUGGGUCGAAAAACAAGCGCAGGAAGGAUUCGUCGAAGAAGGCGGAUUACUCUAAGCCAGUCAGUUUUGUUUCGACUGGUACGGUUAUGCCCAGUCAGGAGAUUGAACAUAAUUCCAAGGAGGAUAUUGAUGUAAUGGAUGAGGAUGAUGUCAAACCUGCUGGUUUAGGCCUUGGGUUUGGUUCUGCUUCUUCGAGAAAGGCAAAUGAAGACAAGGAAGAAGAUGAUGACUUCUUGCCUACUGCCCUUGGUAAGAUUAUCAGGGAAGGUGCGAAGUUGCGGGAAGAGAAGGAAAAGGAGAAGGCUAGGGCAGCCAAAAAAUCAUCUCAAGCUAGCAAGAGGGACUUGGACCCGAAUGGUGUUGGUGAAUUUGAGAAACAUACCAAGGGUAUUGGAAUGAAGUUGCUAGAGAAGAUGGGCUACAAGGGUGGCGGUCUUGGUAAAAACGAGCAGGGAAUUACGGCUCCUAUUGAGGCCAAGCUUCGGCCUAAGAAUAUGGGAAUGGGUUUUAAUGACUAUAAAGAAGCCGUUCGUCCAGCAAUACAGGAAGUAGAUGAAAAAUCUGUUCCACGUCCCACCCAUUCUCUAGAAGGUCGCACUAAUGAGAAGCUUUGGUCAAAGAAAGUUUCAAAGAAGAAGGCUUAUAUAACAGCUGCAGAAUUGUUGGCCCAAAAGGAAGAGAAAGGUUUUGAAGUUGUUCAGAAGGUUUUUGAUAUGAGAGGGCCACAAGUUCGGGUUUUGACAAAUUUGGAAAACUUGAAUGCAGAAGAAAUAGCCAGGGAAAAUGAUGUACCGAUGCCCGAACUUCAGCAUAAUAUCAAAUUGAUAGUUGAUAUAAUUGAGCAUGACAUUCAGAAACUUGACAGUAAUUUGAGGAACGAAAAGGAAACUGUCGUUGCUUUACAGAAGGAAAAGGAGAAGCUGCAACAGGAGGCUCAUGAACAGAAACAGCGGCUUGGAAACAUGGAGGAGAUAAUAGCUGUAUUGGAUCAGUUGGGUGAGAAGAGCUCGUCAGGAUUGUUAACUCUAGAAUCACUUGCUAAUUCAUUUGUAGACUUGCAGACAAGAUUUCCCGAUGAAUACACAUUGUGCAACUUAUCUUGCAUUGCGUGCUCGCAUGCUCUGCCUCUAUUUAUUAGAAUAUUUCAGGGAUGGGACCCACUUCAGAAUCCAACUCAUGGAACUAAGGUUGUAUCACUGUGGAAGAAACUGUUGCAAGGUAAAGAUUCUUUGAAUUUCUCUGGUACAGCUUCUCCAUACGUGCAGCUGCUUAUGGAAGUUGUAUUUCCUGCCGUAAGAAUAUCUGCGACCAACUCUUGGCAGGCAAGGGAUGCAGAACCCAUGCUUAGGUAUUUGGAAUCUUGGGAAGAACUCUUGCCUCCUUCUAUCCUACAGGCCAUACUCAACAUGGUUGUUAUGCCAAAAAUAUCAGCUGCUAUAGACUCUUGGGAUCCACGUGGAGAAACUAUUCCCAUCCAUAAAUGGAUCCACCCUUGGUUACCAUUGUUGGGGCACGAGUUCGAGAGUUUCUAUCACACGAUCCGCGAUAGAUUUGCCAGUGUUCUUCAUGCUUGGCACCCAAGUGAUGGAUCAGCUUUUGCCAUAUUGUCUCCUUGGAAAACUGUCUUUGAACCUGCCAGUUGGGAGCACUUAAUGGUUCAGCACAUCAUUAAAAAACUAUCGAUUGUCAUGCAUGAAUUCCAAAUAAAUCCAGCCAAUCAGAGUCUCGAUCAAUUUAAUUGGGUCGUAAAAUGGGCGUCUGUUAUUCCUACUCAUCACAUGCUGCCGUUAAUGGAUGUUUUCUUUAAUAAGUGGCAAGAAGUGCUUUAUCAUUGGUUGUGUUCGAAACCAAAUUUUGACGAAGUGACCCAGUGGUAUCUCAACUGGAAAGAGCUCCUUCCUCAAGAACUUCAGGCAAAUGAGCAUAUCCGGUAUAGGCUUAAUCUUGGUUUGGCCAUGAUGAACCAGGCGGUUGAAGGCAUGGAGGUGGCUCCACCUGGAUUGAAAGAGAAUAUUAGCUAUCUCAGGGUGCACGAGCAAAGGCAGUUUGAAACUCAUAAAAAAGCCGCUGCACAAGCUCAACAUAGGACCAUGCCAGGUUUGGAUGAUAUUCCAGCAGAGGGCAUUAGUGGUGGAAACAAGAUGAGCUUGAAAGAAGUUAUUGAAAUCUAUGCUCAGCAAAAUGGUUUGCUGUUCAAGCCCAAACCUGGUAGAAUGCUAGAUGGGCAUCAAAUAUAUGCAUUUGGUAAUAUAAGCAUAAUUGUAGAUUCCCUCAACGAAAAGGUGUUUGCCCAGACUGAGGACAGAUGGCCCCUCGUAUCACUUGAGCAACUGCUGGAAUUGCAAAGGCCUUCUACGAUGAGCCGUUAAUGAGCUUCAGAAACUCCUUAAAAGUGUUAAACUGCAUGAUUCUCUUCGCAAUUCUGUUGUGUCUGGUGAAGCUUGGCAUCUAAAUCUUAUCAUUACCAUUUGAGUAAAAGGUAAUCAUCAGAGCAAUUAUGAUGCAGGUGGUUAAUUUGAACAAACCUGUGGCCUAGCUAUUAUGUGUCUCUCUCAAGGUGGACCUAGGUAUAUUGAUUUGAGUAUAGUCUAGCUAGUUUAUAUUUAUCACUGCUGUAAUUUUCUUGGCAUUUGUUAUAAGUUUUAACUUUUUCUAUAGAAUUGGGGUUGAGAAAGUGAGGCCACUUCUCAUACGUAUGUUAGCUAACACCAUUUAUAUCAUUUGGCUUGAAAACAUUUUUCUUUCCCCCUUUACCCUCCCGAUCUCCAGUUGAGCAAGGACUGACCCCCUCGAUAAGCUCGAUCGAACCAGACGCCGACGCCCCCCCUGGUGAAGACUGGCGAGGACGCGGAUUACAGUGAUUGAUAAGAAAUACAGGACUAAUUGGCAAUUUGACGCAUUCUGUUGAAUCAGAUGGUGUCACUAUUUUAUUUGUGGGUAUGGUUCCUUCAUCGUCUUCUACCAUUAGUAGGGCAUUUGCUGUGCCGGACUGCUCGGAGGGGUACGAUACCGGCACGGAGCGUUGCAGGUGUCGAGGUGCAGCAUGGGAUGCUGUGGGGAUGUCGAGAGAGGGGUGGGAGAUUGGUCUCGGAGGUACGGUCCAGCACCAAGAGGGAUGCACGCGGCGGAGAGAGGGUCGGGCUGGUUCGAUGUUUUUUAAAAAUAAAUUUAUAAUUAUAAAUACAAAUACAUUUCACGUUUAUUUCAUCCAUUUUCCUGUCUUUCA